AUGUUGUGGUCAGAGUGUGUGGAGGAGGAGGAGGAGGUCAGAGUGUGUGGAGGAGGAGGAGGUCAGAGUGUGUGGAGGAGGACGAGGUCAGAGUGUGUGGAGGAGGAGGAGGUCAGAGUGUGUGGAGGAGGACGAGGUCAGAGUGUGUGGAGGAGGAGGAGGUCAGAGUGUGUGGAGGAGGAGGAGGUCAGAGUGUGUGUAGGAGGAGGUCAGAGUGUGUGGAGGAGGAGGAGGUCAGAGUGUAUGGAGGAGGAGGUCAGAGUGUAUGGAGGAGGAGGUCAGAGUGUAUGGAGGAGGAGGUCAGAGUGUAUGGAGGAGGAGGAGGUCAGAGUGUGUGGAGGAGGAGGAGGUCAGAGUGUGUGGAGGAGGAGAGUUUGGGAGAAGUUUGUGGUGUAG